UACGCAUUUCAUCAUUUCAUUCCGUAACGGAAAAAUGAUGAUGGAUGUUGUUUGCGUCUGCCUCGAGUGGUUUCUCUGCAGUUUUCCUUCGUUCCUGAUUGGCUCUAUAAACAGUACGUGUCGUCGUAAAAGUAACAUCACAAGAUGCAAACGUUUGACACGAACGAAUAGAUAAAUUUGAAAAAAAAAAAAAAUAGUUCAAAGCCAAUCAACGCUCUGUAAAUGAUCCAGGGAAGCGUUUGGCUAUAAAUAGUCGACUCCUGCCGAUUGAAAAAUGUACGCCAGUCCAUCCUGAAAGCUCACGAACGAUAUAAUAAAUAAUUUAAUUAUCCCGACAAGAUGCGCUUUGAAAUUGUUUGUCUGCUGGCUCUGGCCGCAGUUUCCGCUUACGCCACAUCGCCAGUUGCUCCCGCCCAGCCGGAACGAUUUCUCCUAUCCACCGGCACUCUGUCGUUCACCACCUUCACGGUCGUCAAGUACAGAACCACCAUCACCACGACGUUUACGUCCACCACCAGCUGCACGACCUCAACUGCGGCCCUGACGACUUGCACCAUCGGCCGACGUCGUCGCGGUCUCUUCUACGACGAAGCCGCCGCCCAGGGCCGUGACCGACGCGGACUCUUUUACAACGACGAAGAGGUCGACAACAAGGACGGCAGUGUCUUCCUUCCAUCCGAAAAGGCCAGCGAUCCAGUCGCCGAGGUGAGCAGCACAUCGAUCGACGAAUCUUCCGUCGUUCCUUUGGAAAUUGAAGCCGGAUUCGCCGUGCCGGAAGGCAGCGGACCUAACCGCUUCUUGCUGGCCAUUGGCACGUCGACCGUCACCAGUAUCAUCGUCACCUCCACCACCAUCAGUCUGACAGCCUUCUGCGCCAGCACGAGCGGUUUCCCCGUCUGCGGAGGUGCCGGCAAAUAAAAAUUCAAUUCAAUGGCCAAUUACUACUAUACAUUAAUUAACCGUUUAUGCUUUUUUGGAAAUUGAUUUGAUAUCGCGUCAUCCACUUAUAUUAUACAUACAUGAACAUUUUG